CAAAUUCACAAACUCCUAGUGCUGGAGCUCACACCGAUUCGGGAGACAACAAAGCGUUGGUUCAGAAUGAUGGAUAUCCUGAUUUCGACAAAAUUCUUGAGGAACUUCCACGGCAUGACUACUUAAAAGAAGCAGUUGUGGAUAUUCGUGUAAUGACGAAGUUGUUAAGCCACCAAGGGGAGGCGGUGGACUAUGUGGUUAGGCGCGAAACUUUGAACUCACCGGUCUCCCGGAGUCUUUGGGAACUCGAGAAUUCAACGAAAGACUUUCAAUAAUCAGUAAAGCCUUCCAUUUUUAUGACUGGAAAACUCUUGGACUCUCGUUGAUUGUCAUUCCAACCACAGUUACCAACACGUCAUCACAGGAGCUAAAAGUCCAUUCCGAAACGAUUUCUUGGGAGGCAUUCUGGCUGACGAUAUGGGCCUUGGCAAGUCUUUAGCGAUGUUAUGUGCAAUCGUGGGGUCUCUAGAUCGAGCGAGCGAGUUUGCUGGGCCAAUAUCUUACGUCGGACCGCCCGUUGAAGGUCCAAGGGCUGCUAAGUCCACUUUGAUCAUUGUACCCUCUGCACUGCUGCUUGAUAGUUGGAUCGAAGAGAUUGAUAAACAUAUUUUUCGAGGGUCGCUCAGGUACUGCAAGUACCAUGGUCAAGAUAGACCCAAGGAUCCAUCUAUUCUUGUUCGAUACGACAUCGUUCUCACCACCUAUGGCACAGUUGUCGCAGACUUUAAUCGACCGCACAAAGUCCUUGAGAAUGUCAAAUGGUAUCGCCUUAUUGCUGAUGAAGCGCAUGUAAUUCGAAAUUUAUCCACCAAACAAUUCCGGGCCGUGAACAGAAUUCCCUCUCAUAUUCGAUGGUGCUUGACCGGUACCCCCAUUCAAAACUCCUUGACAGAUCUCUCUGCACUCGUUUCUUUCCUAGGUGUUCCGAUCCUGCAGGAGCCUGCGAUCUUUCGAAAGUAUAUCAACGAUGUUACUCACUCGUCUAAAUGUAAUCUGCAAGUCGACUUCAAGAAUCUCCGCCUCCUACUCAGUUCGAUCUGUCUUCGACGUCCCAAGGAUAUUCUUUGCCUGUUUGGCUUGAAAGUAGAGGAGCGAACACCGCAAUUCUCUGCUGUAGAACGACAAGAGUACAACGAUCUUCUUCUGAAAGGCAGAAUUGUCCUUGAUUUAGCAUUGAGUGGCCACAAUACCAAGGAAACCCAUCAAAGAGUAAUCGAGGCAUUGCUCCGACUUCGCUUAUACUGCAACAACGGUUCCCCCGAGGAGAACAGCAGUCCCUCUUCAUCUUCCCCUAUGGACUCCGAAGAGAUCUUGAGCCUUCUCCAACAGACUGGAGAAGUUGUCUGCAAAUUUUGCUCUUGCGAUAUCCUAUCCUUGGAUAUAUCGGAAAAUCUAGACUUCGUCCACAUGACGGAAUGCCGUAUAAUGAUCUGUGCCGAAUGCAUCCCUCAAUACCAGCAAGAACUCAGAAAGACCCCAAAAGAUGGAGCACAAUCAUGUCCAUUCUGUUCCGGAAAGCAUUGCACGGACAACCAUAUCCGAAAAGAGACUAAAGUUCGCGAGGGAGGAGCUGUUAUUAGAAAAACAUAUCCUUCGAAACUGUUGGCUUUGCUCGAGGAUAUCCAAAGAAACCCUCUUUACGAGAAAAGCAUCGUUUUCUCUUUCUGGAAAAAGAGUCUUGAUCUCAUCGGGGAUCUGUUCAAUGCUAACGGGGUUCGAUAUUGCCGUGUCGAUGGUUCUCUGUCUCUCGGAAAACGCAAGACAGUUCUAGCCGAGUUCCAAGGAAAUCCAGAAGUAGGAGUUCUGGUUAUGACUCUAGGUACUGGAGCCGUUGGCCUCAACAACCUGUCCAUUGCAAGCCGAAUUUACCUUCUCGAACCCCAGUGGAACCCGUCUGUCGAAAGUCAAGCAAUUGGUCCAAUUUUCCGGCUCGGCCAAGAGAGGCCGGUGACGGUGAUACGAUAUAUUAUGGAUAAAACAAUAGAAGAGAAUGUGAAGAACAAGCAACUGAGAAAACUUGGCCUCGCAUGUGGAGGGUUCGACGUAAAGGGCCCCGCGCAAAGAAUUGAACAACUCCAAAAACUAAAGUCUAUAAUGCUCCACGGCUAGGAGAUUGACCCUACGUCGACGACUCAACCGUACCGAAGGAGAUUGGGCGGAAAAGUGACUAGAUCUAGCGUCAUAAAGUGGAUGUCUUGCUUGGGAAGUAAGUGAUGAGCAG